AUGGUAGAUAACCCAUUCAUUCCAAGAAAUGUAGAUCAAGCUUUGACUUACAACAAUGAAACUCCACAUCAAACACGUUAUGGUCAUAACAAUCACCAUAUCGAAUUAGGGGAUUCAAACGAAUGUGCUAUGCCAGCUUUAUUAAUAAAUAAUCCUCAGCAAUUUAAUACACCUAAUGCGAAUAGUCAAUUCUCAAACAUGAGGAAUACAAAUCAAUUAGCCACAUUGGAUAUAGGAAGUCUCAGUAGACCUCAAGGAUCAACUAAAGGGCAAUUGGUAAACACAAAUCAACAGCAAGAUUUAAUUCAAUUAAUACAACAAACAAUUCGAAAUGAAUUAAAUAAUCAACAAAAUAGCCAAUUUCCACGCAACUACAACCGCUACAACAGAAACAAUUACAAUGAUGGAAAUAAUCGUUACAAUCGAAAUAGUGGCAAUAACUUUAGGACAUAUAACAACGAUACACAGAAUCAAUCUAAAGAUAAUGAUCAACAACCAGUACAACAACAAAAGCAGUCAAAAAACUGA